AUGCCCCUGGACGGCCUUGCUAAUCGCGCACGAAAUGAGCAGAGCGAACGACCCACCCCGGCCCAUGGGGCCUCAAUUGCCGAUAUUACUGCCAUAGGCCCGGAGCAGGAGUCCGUCGCAUCGUGGAGGACGCGAUGCAAUAUCGAUACUGAGAAGCAGAUCCGCCUGGUGAAACUGUCGCAUAUGCGAUACCAGCAUCCGGACUUGAAUGAGAUUACGGUGUUUUUACAGGACUUUGGGAUGGAGGUGGUUGACAAGACGGCCGAUCGGAUUUGGUACCGAGGCUACGGGAGUGAUCAAUAUGUGUAUUACGCACAGAAGGGAGAAAAGAAGUUCUUAGGGGGCGCGUUCGAAGUGGAGUCGUUCCAGGACCUAGAGAAAGCUGCGCAACUGCCUGGUGCAGGGGAAAUUCAAGAGCUGUCAGAGGCCCCCGGCGGAGGGCAUCUGCUAACUCUACCUGAUCCGGAGGGAUUUCCUAUCAACCUGAUCUAUGGCCAAGAGCCACGCCAGACUGGAGAAUACCCGACGAGCAUUAUCGUGAAUACGGAGUCUGAGAAACCACGGAUUCGGAAGUUUCAGCGCUUUAACCCAGGUCCAGCUGCGGUUCAUAAGCUCGGACACUUCGGGCUCUGCGUUCAGAAGUUCGACGAAUUGGUAAACUUCUAUACGAUGAACUUCAAUAUUGUGCCGAGUGAUUUCCUGCACGUCGAGAAGGACGGUCAGAAGAAGAAUGUCGCUCUCUUCGCACACAUCGACCGUGGAACCGACUAUGUCGAUCAUCAUAGCUUCUUCUUGAGCACGAAUCCAACCUCACAUGUUCAUCAUUGCUCUUUUGAGGUCCAUGAUAUUGACACGCAGCAUCUCGGCCAUCAAUGGUUGAGUGAGAAAGGAUAUGAAUCGGUUUGGGGCGUGGGGAGACACAUCCUGGGCUCCCAAAUUUUCGACUACUGGUGGGAUACUACCGGUAAUAUGGUGGAACACUAUGCAGAUGGCGAUUUGAUUAAUGAGGAGACUCCAAUUGGUUAUGGACCUGCGGGGGAUGAGUCGUUGGCUGUUUGGGGUCCUGAGGUCCCGUCCUGGUUCUUGAACUAG